AUGACACGCACCAACACCAGUUCCAGAAUCGGGAAUGAGCCAGAUGGAGUAGAUGAACCCCCAUUCGCUAUCGAGGAGCGUCUCACAUAUUGCGCAACCAAAGCGGGAAUACUCAACGGGCGACAGUUUGGCUUCAAGGAACAAACCAGCACGAUUACAGCUAUAGAUACGGCACUCAGUAUCGUAAAGGCUGCUAAGGAGAAUGGCAAACAGGUGCUGGGCGUUUCUUUAGACAUCCGUUCCGCAUUUGACAACGCGUGGUGGCCCGCACUAUUCGAGAGACUACGUGCUAUAAGAUGCCCUAAGAACAUCUUCCACUUAAUAGAGAGCUAUACGACGAACCACACAGGAGCGCGGGUUACUAAGAACAACACCAAGGGCUGCAUACAAGGAUCAGCGUGUGGACCCAUUUUAUGGAACGUGAUACUGGACGAGUUGCUCGAGGCUGAACUUCCGAGUGGAUGUCAUUUGCAAGCCUUUGUGGAUGAUGUUUUACUUAUCGUCUCCGCAAAGGAUGUAAAUACCCUACAAACAAAUACCAAUCGCGCUCUGGAAAUCAUAUUGGAAUGGGGGCAAAGUGUCAAAUUGACAUUUGGACCCACUAAGACGCAAGCCAUUGCAUUCACGCGUAAGGCUGAAGAAGCAUACCUUAUAAUGGGGAGACACACUUUAGUGUUUCAAAGGAGUAUUAAGUUCUUAGGCGUGAUCAUUGACCGAAAGCUUCUGUUCGCUGAUCAUGUUAAGACAGUCUCAACGGUGGCAGCGGUCGCUCUGGCUCAAUUUGUGCCCUUGGACCUCACGGUCCUGGAGGUACAUGAAAUUGAGACAGUUCGACUGAAAGGGGCAACCAACUUAAUACCAAGGGAUAUACAAUAUGAGAGGCCCACACCUGUGCAUGAGUUAUUACAUCCGUCAAAGAGAAUAAGUAUUGAGUGUGCAGACCUGAAUUCGGAAAAUUUAGAACAAGAAAAAGCGCCUAUUCGAAUCUAUACAGAUGGAAGCAAGCUCGAGAAUGGCGGUGUGGGAACGGCUUUCGUCUGUUUCGAAGGUUCAAAAGUUAUAUACAAAAAGAGGCUGAAACUACAUACUAGCUGCUCUGUGUUCCAAGCGGAACUCUUGGCGAUUAAAGAGGCUUGCGAGUGGACUUUGGACCGGAGAUUGAAGCAAGGAGAAGAAAGACACCAAAGGGGCACCAAGGAUGCACAUGGGCUGCAAGGAGAUUAUACAGAUCUUGAGUGA